AUGACAAUGGAGAAAAAGAGGUAUUUCAGUGUCACGCUGGAAGAUCGACUGCCUAGUCUAGUUACUGCUGAACAAAAUGAAGAAUUGAAAAAUUCGUCAGUAUCAAAAGAUAGUCAGGAAGAUUCGUUAUUCGUAGUUGAUGAUAGUGAUACUGAAGGACAAACUGAACGGAACGUUUACGAAAAUAUAAACCCUGUGCCCGAUGUUCAUCAUUUAGAAUACGAAGAGUUUGAAAGUCAGAUAAAUUCGGUAGUAGGAACUAUAUCAUCGCAUGCUAUGAAUCAUUUGUUUAAAAAGUAUCAUGAUGGCCAAAAUUAUUUGAAGUUAGCCGUCCAAGAAUAUUUACAAGGUAUUGAUGAGAAUGAUACUGACAUAUGUAUCGUUGAAAACUCUCCAGAUGGAAAUAAUAUUUCUAAUGAUAAUAGGAAAAGAAAUUAUGAACAAGAACAAGAUGAUUUAAUGAGCAGAUUACAACGGGAGCGCCAGAGAAGUCAAGAUGAAGAGAAAAAAAAGUCAUGGAAUCGAUUUAUCGGCAGCCUAAAUGUGCAAGCAUGGGCCACAAGACCAACAACUAAACCAUUGAAAUAUUUAGAGAAAUUGGAAUUACGGCGGCUAAUGCCAAAAAAAUUGAACGUUGGCAAACCUACUAAAGAGAAGACAAAAUUUGGUGAUUCUUCCAUCAUAAGAAUCUACACAAUACCGAAACUUGCUGAAGAAAGUGGAAGGGAAAUAGGGCGUAUUCCUGAAGAUAUAACUCGAAUUUUAGUACCAUUGAUUGAUUUAGAUAUUUCUUCAUUUUAUACUACAGUGAUGAUAGAUACUGAAAAAAGAUUAUCCACUGGAGAUUCAUUUUACAUCCAAGUUGACUGUUAUUUAUCACAAAAUGCUUUUUCGGGUAAGGAGCUAGAAAGAUCAAUGUCUCAGUCUGAUCAAGAUUUAAAUGCUUUGAAAAGACAAAAGAAGAUGGACACAAGAGCAACGUUCGAUUUUUCCACCGAAACCAACACUGAAGCAAUUCUAAGGUUAAGGCAAUACUCUUUGUCUAAAUUCUUUCAAAGAUUGAAUAUCAAGCCAAUACCUCAAAGGUCAGAUAACGGUGACAAUAUAAAUGAGGCUUCUGAGACACCAAUUGUAAUUGAUUCUGAAAACGAAGAUGACCAUAUUGUAAACGACGAUCAUGAGCAACAUAAUUUGGAUCAAUUGAAACAAAUAAUGCAGGCUAAUCAACAAUCAGAAUUAUUGGAUAGUUUGCCUGAAACGACCAAACCUCCAAUUUCCAAUUUUAAAUUAGAUUUGAGAAAAUAUCAAAAGCAUGGUUUAUCGUGGAUGUUAACCAGAGAAAGAGAGAUAGCCGUAUUAGAAAAUUUGUCCAAAAAUGAUGAUGAUGAUGAUAAUGAUAAUGGCGUCUUAACGACUCAAGACAAAGCAAAUAUACAAGAGCGAAACGAUGCAUUCAUGAACCCAUUAUGGGAUAUCUUUGAAUGGCCGAAGGAUACUUCAAUGCAUAAAGUUGAAUCUCUGCAAACUGGGGAUAAAAUGGAUGAUAAUUAUUUUUAUGCGAAUAUGUAUAAUGGUGAGCUAUCGCUCACAAAGCCAGUUAUAAGGUCAAUGGUAAAGGGUGGUAUUCUUGCUGAUGAGAUGGGUUUGGGUAAAACUAUCUCAACUUUAGCUCUAAUUAACUCUGUACCCUUUGAUUUUAUGUUUGAAGAAAAUAAAGAACUUGAGGACAAGACGAUUUAUGCUUCGAAAACAACGCUUAUUAUUGUUCCGAUGUCAUUACUUUCGCAAUGGCAAAAGGAGUUUGACAAGACUAAUAAUAACCUGAAUCAUAAAUGCAUUAUUUAUUAUGGAAAUCUGGCAACCACUGACUUAUCUCCUGUCUUAUGCAACAAGAAAAAGGAUAUUCCAAUUGUUAUGAUUACUACUUAUGGUACAGUCCUUAAUGAAUUUACUAGGAUAUCUAAUCGUCGUGAUAUAAGAGGAUUUUUGCCAAAGAUUGGAUUGUUUUCAGUAAAAUUUUUCAGAAUUGUAUUGGAUGAAGGACAUAAUAUACGAAAUAGAACAGCCAAAACUUCUAAGGCUAUAUAUGAAUUAUUGCUGAACAGGAAAUGGGUUUUAACGGGUACGCCUGUAAUAAACAGAUUGGAUGAUUUAUAUUCUUUAGUUAAAUUUUUAGAGCUUGAACCAUGGUCAAAUUUUUCUUAUUGGAAAACAUUUGUUACUCUUCCAUUUGAACAAAGAAAAAUAUCCCAAACAUUAGACGUGGUCAAAUCAAUCCUAGAACCUAUUUUUAUUAGGAGAACAAAGAAUAUGAAACAAAGUAAUGGAAAACCGUUGGUUGAAUUGCCGCCCAAGGAAGUUGUUAUUGAAGAAAUCAAAUUUAAUGAAGUUGAAGAAAAGUUAUAUAACUGGUUUAAAGCUAGAGCUUCUCAGUCGUUUAAAGAUGGUAUGAAAAGUGGUGACCUAUUUAAGAAAUAUAGUCAAAUACUAACUCAUAUCUUAAGGCUUAGACAAGUUUGCUGUCAUGUCGAUUUGGUCGGAAGUGCAAACGAAAUGGAACAAGAAUUGGUGGAUCCUAAUACAGAUUUAUCUGAAGCUAAUGGUGAGUCGGAUAGUAUCACAGUGGUGCAUAAUAUACUAGAUCUGUAUCAUGCUGAUAAUAGUCAUGAUGAAAAAUUUAAGAAUAACACUGAAGUUCGUUCAGUAAUGUUUCCACUAUACGAAAAGAUAGAUUUGAAGGAAUCGGAAUGUUCAAUUUGCACACAGUCACCCAUUCCUUUAGGUGAAAUGGCAUUAACUCCCUGUGGACAUGCAUAUUGUUUAAAUUGUGUAUUAGAGCAUUUUGAUUUUCAAGAAAAGAACCUGCAAAAGCCGCUAUGUCCAAAUUGUCGUGAACCAAUAUCGAAAUACAAAAUCUUUAAAUUAAGACAUAGAGAUACUUCGGGAAAGGAGAUUAGGUUUCACACAAAACAGGAGAUGGAAGAUCCAAGUCAAAACUUUAAAUUUCAGUUGUAUCUAUAUGACCCAACUAAAACAUCUUCGAAAAUUCAGUGUUUGAUUAAUCAUUUGAAAAUAUUAAAGGAACAAAGUCCUAAUGAACAAGUUGUGGUAUUUUCACAAUUCUCAUCUUAUUUGGAUAUUAUUGAAAAUGAAUUGAAGAUACAAAUCCUGAAUGAUUUUGUUGUUUAUAAGUUUGACGGUAGACUUAAUAUGAAUGAGCGACAAAAGAUUUUAGAAAAUUUCAGCAGCCAAAAGCACGAAAAUAAGGUGAUGAUUCUAUUAUUAUCUCUAAAAGCUGGUGGGGUUGGGUUGAAUUUGACGACUGCUUCCAGAGCCUUUAUGAUGGAUCCAUGGUGGUCUCCAAGUGUUGAAGAUCAAGCAAUUGAUAGGUUACAUAGAAUCGGUCAAAAUCUGAAUGUUAAGGUUACCAGGUUUAUCAUGGCUGAUAGUAUAGAAACUAAAAUGCUAAAAAUACAGGAAAGAAAAAAGCAGAUUGGAGAAGCUGUUGGUGCUGAGGAAGACGAAAAGAGAAAAAGAAGGAUUGAAGAGAUGCAAAUAUUGUUUGAAGAUGAUUAG